CGGUGGGAAAACUUUUUACCAUGGGCUGAGUAUUGGUACAACACCACUUACCACGAAUCGACCAAGACGACGCCAUUUGAGUUGGUGUACGGGCGAAAACCCCCAACACUGAUCAAUUAUUCAGAGGGGAGUACAGUCAACGAUGAGGUUGGUGGAGAACUAGAGGAACGAGAUUUGAUGUUACGUGAGCUAAAGAGAAAUCUCGAAGGCUCAAUUAACCGAGCCAAAGCCUUCGCAGAUGGGAAAAGGCGUGAGGAAAAUUUUGUACCAGGCGAGUAUGUCUACUUGAAGCUACGACCAUUUAGACAGCGUACCACAGCGCAAAGGGCCGCAACUAAACUGGGAGUCCGCUAUUAUGGGCCUUAUCAGAUUUUAAAGCGCAUUGGUCAG